CGCUCUGAUUGGCUAGGGCUGUACGAGGGUUUACGUGGCACAGUGCUGUCGCUGCUCAAACUCAGUUCGGUCUGUGGUCUCAGGUAUCGCUGCGGGUCAGGAUGCAGCUUUCGAUUGUGUUUUCAGCUUUCCUCUUGAAUAUUUAUUACAGCUGCGUCUCUUCGUUGUACUUUCACAUCGGAGAGACAGAGAAGAAAUGCUUCAUAGAGGAAAUCCCAGACGAGACCAUGAUUAUCGGUAACUACCGGACUCAGCUGUAUGAUAAGCAGCGAGAAGAAUAUCUGCCGGCAACUCAGGGUCUGGGUAUGUUUGUUGAAGUCAAAGACCCCGAUGACAAGGUGAUUCUGUCUCGGCAGUACGGCUCAGAGGGACGCUUCACCUUUACGUCGCACACACCUGGAGAACAUCAGAUCUGCCUUCACUCCAACUCCUCCAAGUUCUCCCUGUUCGCUGGAGGCAUGCUGCGUGUUCAUCUGGACAUCCAGGUGGGCGAACACGCCAACAACUACGCUGAGAUCGCUGCCAAGGACAAACUGACGGAGCUGCAGCUGAGAGUGCGACAGCUGGUGGAGCAGGUGGACCAGAUCCAGAAGGAGCAGAACUACCAGAGGUACCGUGAGGAGCGUUUCCGUCAGACCAGUGAGAGCACCAACCAGCGUGUCCUCUGGUGGUCCAUUGUGCAGACCCUCAUCCUGGUGGCCAUCGGUAUCUGGCAGAUGAGGCACCUCAAGAGCUUCUUCGAGGCAAAGAAGCUGGUGUAACUCUUUCGAAGGAGUGCGUGCUUGAAAAUGUGUGUUUGGUAUCUACUGAUGGAUGCAGUAAAAAAAAAAGUUAAAAGAAAAGCAGCUGCUGUCACGGAAAAAUCCAGCUGCACCAAGAUUAGACUUGAAAACAUGUUUGUUUUAUUUUUUGUUUUUUUUGGUUUGAUGAGCCGCUCCCAUCUACAACAAACAUCCAGGAACACAUCUCUCCAACAGCUGGAAGUUUCGUCUUUCAGUUGUGUAAGACUGAUGUCUGCAUCCAUGCAGUAACUUAUCUCGUAAUUUUCUCCUAUUUUUUGUCACUUUGUUACUGGCCAUUUGAGAUGUUGAUAAACUAAAAUCAGGUUUACUCCUCAUGUUGAGUUAUUUUUUUCCAGUUUGAGUUCUAUUAAAGUGUUUUGUCACAUUUCCUCGUGAGGUUUAGGUAUCAGAAAUUCAAAUGACUAUUUUCUGACUUUUGGAACUGCUUGACUUUAGAAUAUUCUAUUAAAAGACAUAUUUGUUCAGAUUUUUGGCAGCAAAUUUAUGCCACAAAGCCUAAUGAAAUGCAAAACCAUUGUUAGAAAUCUUGUUUAUUUUAUUUAAAUAUUUUCUCUGUCAAGACACCAAAUUUAGGCUGAUUUCUGGCAUUCAUUGAGAUUUCUUCUAGUUUUCACCCUUUUAAUCUACCACCAUCUUUGAUUUAAAGGCCAGCACUGUUUGAAUUUCAAGAGGACGACUGCCAUGUUAAGAGGGAUGAGUUAAUAACUGCAGUGGUCUUCAUCUCGCUUUAUUACAAAAAUAGUACAUAUAAUACAGACAAAUGUGUGAUCUUUUUUGUAGUUUUCUUGUCAAUGCACUGUUUUUCAUGAAACUGAAACACUUUGCAGUUGAAUACAAAAACAGAUCUUUGAGUUAAACUACUCCAGACUGCAGAAAGGUGAUGUCAAACUAAAUCUGAGUUAUGUGCAGUCUAGCUAGAAAACAAGAAAAAAACAUCAAAGUUGUUUUCUGAAACACCUGCAUUAUAUAUUACUCAGCUUUUGUUUAUACAAACACCCCAAAAAAUACAUAUUCUUUCUUCACUCUAAAGAGAUUUGAUUGUAUUUUCUUGUUAGGUUUUUCUUUUCAGAGGGUAGGAGUUCAAGCAGUUGGUUUUAUUUUUGCUGGAUGUGGAGCUAUUUGUUCUUCCAGUGCAUGUUAGGAUGCACUCAGAAUAAAUGUUUUAGCCUCCUUUGGUUUAAAGGAUUUUCUGGUUCACUGAUACUACUUUCUGUUUUUGUUUUGUAAGUUUCACAUCAACCGCUCAAGUCACUGUUUAGAGUUUUUAUAUUCUGUAUCUAUAACGUAUUUUGGGGUAGAAGAUUUUUGAAGCCGAAUAAAAAAGAAAUGUGACUGCAAAAUGAAUAAAACCAAUAAUAAAGA